AUGGCGACGAGUGAUCAGAUCAAGAAUGCGCUGCUGACAGAACACUUCCGAUACACUCCACUGACGCUCCUCGACGACAUCAUCAACACGGUCAACGAACUCGUCUUCCAAGCAGUCAACGAAAUUGAGACGGCGCUUCUCAACGUACCGAAAGAACAGCUCGGCUUCUCUACACCAGCGCCGGCGCAACACAACGGAGCAGACGACAACAAUGGCGAAGACGCGUCAGAGCAGGCCUCGCGGACGGAGAUUGAGGCUGGAAUCGUCAAGCUGGAGAGUUUGUUGAACUCUACCAUCGACAAGAACUUUGACAAGCUCGAGAUUUACACGUUGCGCAAUCUCUUGACCGUCUCGAAUGCAAAAGAGGAUGAGGGGCUAGAGAACUGGAUAGUCCUGGAUCACUACAAGAACCUUCAGCCACCCUCGGCAGACGACAAUGCGCCCACGCCCGAAUCAGUCCAACGCCUGCGCCGCAAAGUACAAGAGACGGAGAAACUGCAAUCGGCACUGAAAGCAGAAGCCGCACAGAACGAAGCCUUGCUCGCACAACUACGACCGCUCAUGUUAGCUCCGCCAGCUACACCGACUUCCUUCAAGCCCGAUCAAGACACGCCACAGCAAUCACAAAACCCAUCCUUCUCCUUCCUCACUAAUACGCCGUCGGCAGCAACACUUGGAGUCGGAUCGGAAAAACAUGCCAAUUCGCUUGCGCAAAACACCAGCUUUGUCUAUUCGCAGAUUCCAGCCCUCCGAGAAAUCGUCACGACCUUGCGCGCCCACCUGGCGACACUGUCUGCGAAGAACAUGGCAGCCACAGUCGACCAGUCCACAGAAGCAAGACACGCAUACAUUGAGAGCCAGACUCGUCGCGCUCUGGGCAGAGUGGGCGUAGAUAUCACGGCAGCACCAGACGCCGAAUCAUUAGGCAGACGCGUAGGUGGGGAUGAAGCAAGAGCUUUGGAAGGCAUUGUUGCUGCCAUGACGGCGCAAAAUCAGGCUUCGGACAAGAUGCAAGAGUGA